AUGUCAUUAAUUAAUGGAAAUUGGUCAUUUGGUAUAAUUCCAUUGUUAAUUUAUAAGAAAGGAGCAAUCAUCGUAAAUAUGUUGAACGAUGUUAUUGGAAAAUUUAAAAUGCGUAAUGUUUUUCGCAUAUAUCUUCAAGAAAAUCAAUGGAAAUCUGCAAAUACAACAAAUUUUUUACGAAUUUUGGAUAAAACUGUUCCGCAUGAGGCAUUUCCAUAUUCGAAAUUUCUCUCGACGUGGCUGUAUCAAGGAAGUCAUCCAAUCGUUUUUAUAGAUUUCGAUACAAAUACAAAUGAAUUUUGUCUAAGUCAACUUCCAAAACGUGGUGAAGUGAAUUCUCGCUGGUUUAUUCCAAUAUGGGUUGAAUGCCUACUUGGAACUGUAAACGAAACAUUAUUUUGGAUAUAUCCCAACGAACAUCUAUUUAUUAAGCUAAGACGGGUAACAAAACACAAUACAACUGAUGUAGUCGCAUUCAAUCGUAAUAAAUCAGUUUAUUAUCAAAUAUUACCGAGAUACUAA